ACGGCUGCUCAGCCUUCCUCCCCUCCGAACCGCCCCAAAUCAAACCCUACGUAGCGAGCAGCGGCGCAGCAAUGGCUCCGGCCGGCACCGCCAACCUGGUGCUGAGGCCGGCGUGCGACGCCUGCGGCACGGCGUCCGGUCUCUACGGCACGGCCUGCCGCCACGCCACCGUCUGCAGCUCCUGCGGCAAGGCCAUGGCGCGCGCCCGCACGCUCUGCGCCGUCUGCGCCGCCCCCGUCACCAACCUCAUCCGGGAGUACAAUGUGCGGGUGGAUACCACCGCGGAGAAGGCCGUCUCGAUAGGCAAGUUCACCACCGGCUUACCGCCCUUCUCGGAGAAGAAGAUUGCGGGGAACCACUGGUCUCUUCGUAAGGAUGGCCCCGAAGGACGUCGACAGCUUACUGCCAGUACGCGGGAGAAAUGCUACAGCAGAAAGCCAUGGAUAUUGGAAGAUGGAACGGGGGAACAUCGGUACCAAAGCCAACUAGAGGCAUCACAGUCUGCUACCCCUACAUAUUAUUUGCUGAUGAUGCACGGCAAGGAGUUCCAUGCUGUUCCUGUUGGUUCCUGGUAUAACUUCAGUAAAAUCGCACAGUACAAACAGCUGACUUUGGAAGAAGCUGAAGAGAAGAUGAAAAGAAGGAGAGGCAGCACAACUGGGUAUGGACCAUGGAUGAUGAAGUUGGCUACACAUGGACCUGGUGCCUUUGGUUCCGAUUUCAAGAACCUUGAUGAAGCAAAUGACAAGGUCCAAUCCAAGAAAGAAAAUACGAACAAGGAUGGGUAUCACCCUGACAAAGGGGAGGAGGACGAAGAAGCCAGAGCUCCAAGGAGAAAUGCCCAUGGGCUUUCUACUAAGGGCGUGGAUGAUGAGGAGGAGGAAGAUGAGAUAGAAGACUUUGAUUUUGAUGCUGAAAUUGAGAUAGGAUGAUGACGAGGAUGAACAAGGAGUGGGUGGCCUGAGCAAGUCCGGUAAUGAACUUAUAAAACUUCUCCGUCGUGCUGAUGGACAAAGUGAAUCUGAUGACGAUGACCAAGAAGACACUAAUCAGGAAGAUGAGUCGCCAUCUCCAGUACUUGCUCCAAAACUGAAAGAUGAAUGCAAAUGUGAACCACAGGAAAACAACCCUGCUAAACUAACAACAACUGGACUUGCUAUUUACACUCCAGAUGCACCUAGCUCCAAUCGGAAAAGGGGAUCAGUGGGUGAUGAUUCAAAAACAUCUAAUGGUGCAGCGCUGAAGAAGCCAAAG